AUGCGCUGUUACGUCAGCGUGAGUUUGAUAACGAGUAUGAGGCGCAUACUCAGUGUGAAUUUCUUAUUGAAGUGGCAGAUCGGUUUAUUUGCCAGGAAUCCCCCGGUUCAUGCCUCUGUGACAGCAGGUCAACACCGCGUGUGCGCGCUGAAUCUCUGCAGGAAGUCAUCGAGUGAGCGAGCAAACAUGGACCUGAGUGACAUGAAGAAAUACAAAGGAGAUGAGGAGUGCUUUGAGGAGAGUCAGCUCGCAUCUCUGGACCCGAUCAAACAGUUUGGAAACUGGUUCGAUCAGGCAACAAAGUGCCCUGAAAUCGGAGAGGCAAAUGCAAUGUGCAUCGCCACUGCAACCAAAGAUGGACAUCCGUCUGCUCGUAUGGUCCUCCUGAAGGGUUACAGCCACGAAGGUUUCCGGUUUUUUUUUACCAACUAUGAGAGCAGAAAAGGUUCUGAGCUGGAGAGUAAUCCAUAUGCAUGUCUGGUUUUCUACUGGGAACCUCUCAACAGACAGAUUCGUAUUGAGGGCGCCGUGGAGCGAAUCCCCUUCCAGAGCUCCUGUGAUUAUUUCCACUCACGGCCAAAAAGCAGCCAGAUCGGCGCUGUCGAGCGACAAAGCACUCUGGUUCCCAACAGAGACUAUUUAAGGCAGAAAAAUGCAGAACUGGAGGAGAAAUACAAAGACACAGAGGUGCCAAUGCCUGACUACUGGGGCGGCUACAUUGUGAAGCCUUUCCACAUCGAGUUCUGGCAGGGUCAAACCAACAGACUGCACGACCGCAUCGUCUUCACCAGGCCGAAGGACGGAGAGUCUGAGCUGGGGGAGUUUCAGCACGCCGCAGAGGGGGGCUGGGUGUACCAGCGACUGUCCCCGUGAGAAGCACCUCAACUGACUGUCGCUUUCAGGAACUCAUCUCUAGAUCUCUAGGUACUGACAAAAACCACUGAUGUGGACUCAGCAGCUGCUGCCGUGUGUAGGAUUUAUCAGCAAGCCAAACGUUGUCGUGUCGUCUUUUUGUUCUCGAUGUUAGAACACAUUUUUCAGUGUUGACUGUGAGAUAUGACCCGACUGCACUGUACAGCUUUACAUCCUGCGGGCAUUAUGAAACCAAAAGACGGCGUGAGGGUUAAAGAGAGCAAACUCCAGCUGGUUGUG